UCCAGGCACCCACAUUCCAGAGAAAACCCCCCUGCCCAGCUCAUUUCUGGGCAGAUCCUGAAGGAAGCGACAUGUUCUGCUGCUGCCUACCGAAGCCCAGAGGAUGCAGGCAGAGGAGAGCUCGCCCGCCAGACACGUCCCCCCACUGGGCAGGUCGUGUCAGGCUUCCCCGACGACUCUGGCCCUUUGGCAAAAAGAAUCAAAAGGCCACGGACGAACUAGGAAGGAGGCAGGAAGACACGCACUCCUCCCCGACCCCGGAGUCCCCGGUCCUGGGAAGGCCCCCGCUACAUCCCAGACCACUGCCCGCGGUACUCCACUGGAUUGUGGUCCUGGACACGGAGCCCACGGAGGCCAAGUCCAAGGCUUCUCCAGCCAAGGAGCUAGACCCACUCCCAACUUCAGCAACUCCGGAGGGGCACAUGGUGUCUGGAGUCACUUCGGCGGGAGACCGGGAGCCCACAGGUGCCCGGGCGCCUGCCCACGGAGAUGCUGAUGCUGUCCAGGGAGAGCUGGCUCCUGCUCCUGCCCCCACCCCUGCUCCUGCCGCUCCCCCUGCCCCUGCCCCUGCCAGAGCGACUCCCACUUCCCCUGCUCCUGCCUGGGCUCCUGUUCUGGCCCUUGACCCAGAUCCUCCCUUGGUCCCACCCCUUCCCCAACCCCUCCCUGGGCCCCUGUUCCUGCCCCAGACCCAGCUCCUGCCCUUGACCUCGCCCAGGCCAUCACCCCUGCCCUUACCCCAGCUCCUGCCCCUGCCCCUUCCCCUGCCAGGACCACUGCCCCUUCCCCUGACCCUGCCUGGGCCCCUGUUCCCGCCCCAGACCCAGUCCCUCUCAUUUGCUCCUGCUCCUUUCCCUGACCUUGCCUGUGCUCCUGUUCCUGCCUCUGACCCAGCUCCUGCUCUGGAUCCUGCACUGGCCACUACUGCUGACCCUGUCCCCGCCCCUAGCCCAACCCCUGCCCCAACACCUUCUCCUGCGGGACUCCCAGACCCGCAUCCAGAGCCCACAACUCUGCGGGGAGAUCUCCCCAGAAAAAUGCCGUCAGUUCCAUCCCCUGACCCCGACAUCCCCCCAGAAUGUUUCAUCCCCUCCCCUUGUGUCCUUCCUCUCCUGUACGGAGUCACCGUUGUCGUCGCCGUCCAUCUCCUCCUGGCCCCUCGCAAGCCCUAA